UUCCGCAUGAAUAUUUUCUGUAAUUUUCUCAAAAUUCUAAAUUUGUUAACGUAAAGUCGGGAAUAUCUUUUCGUGUUCGCAGAAUGAGAGAGUUGGAUGGCGGGUAGUAGACUCCUUAGGAUCGUAACAUAUUCAGUGACUCAUAGUUAGUAUAAAUACGCGGUUUUAUUUCAUAAUUAAUCUUUGAGCUAUCGCCAACUAAGCGACAUAAUCGGGAAUUGAGUAUCGUGCCGGAAAAAUCAGUAGUGACUAUUAUGAUAUGUUAUUGGGUUGCGACGACUCUUCUUAAGGAAAUACUUUAUUCCUUAAUGGCGCCUCUUGUCCGAGAAGAGAAACUGCUGAAGAUGACCCGAGGCCGGACAGGAACAUCGAGGUGACCAAGCCAAAACUAAAAGUAUUGUCCUCGACAAUGCUGGACAAAAGAAGAAACGAUUCGCAGAAAUAGUUGGAGUAUCUGCCGGCCGAGUCCUAGCCCUAUUCGACCAACAUCCAAAAUGAGUGAAAAUCAAUUUUUCUAAUAACGGUGGUCCCUUGGAAUGAAAUGAAAGCUACUCAUAAAAAUCCGUCGGUCACUGGAGACGGCUUAUAAUUAAUUGUAAGUCGCUCCAUUUGUUGGGUGUUAAGAUGUGCAACAGAAAUUGGUGUAGGAGCUCGGCUGGAGCUCGCUUCACAGAAUCCUUGAACCUGCAAAUCUCAUUAGAAAAAGAGAUUAAGAAAAUGGUUGGAUUAAACUGGUAAAACUGCCUCUAUGGCAAGACAGCAACAGCAACUACGGCAAUACAGCAAUAAAGUAACAACAAAUUAAGCAGAAAAACGAAAGCGCAACGAAGUCUAUUGACGUGGGCCACUAACGAAGCCCGACUAACCUGCGUGCAGCGCACACAGUCGGCAGCGGAAGUGGUUGAAUAGGAAGCUAGUUUUUAAUAUACGCCCUCAAAGAGCAGGGAGAUAAAGAAAGGAAAAAGUAGAUAAACAUAUAAACUACAAGAGAAUGCAGAAUUUAUUGCUUUAUAGCGCAGCGAGUGCCGCCCUCGCAGCGGCUACACUAGCGCACAGCAGCGCGUUAAGCUACGACUCGAGCGCAACAGUUGUAGCAGCAGCAGCAGCAGCAGCAACAGCAGCAAGCGCCAACAAUGACACAUUGUCACUUUGGGAAUUGACAACUCCCGCGACAAGAGCUACCGCAACCGCAGCGACAGCAGUUGGCAUGAGAGCAACGAGUGGCGGCGGCGGCGGCCGAGGUUUCAGCUUAAAGAACAGCAGACUCGUGGAUGAAGGUGGUGGUGGUGCUGGCAUUUCAAGAGAGAGUGUUGCUGCUUUUGUAGACAAUUUAAUGCAAGCUCUCACCACUACCGCCAGCUAUAUAAGUUAUAACGACAACAACAACAACAACAUCAGCAGUAGUAGCAGCAGCAGCAGCAGCAGCAAUAUAAAUGAUAUCAACAACAACAACUUUAGCUACGACAACAAUCUCACCGUAACGGAUACAGCAGCGGUCACCGAAAUACCAUUUGUACCAUAUGUCAUGCGACCGGAAACGUAUAUUGUGCCAGUGCUGUUCGCGCUCAUCUUCAUCGUCGGCAUGCUGGGCAAUGGUACACUGAUUGUCGUCUUUUUGGGCGUGCGACAAAUGCGUAAUGUGCCGAAUACCUACAUUCUCUCCCUGGCAAUUGCCGACCUACUGCUCAUCCUCACCACUGUGCCGCUCACAUCGACCGUCUACACCGUGGACUCCUGGCCAUGGGGCAGUUUCCUCUGUACACUGUCGGAAUUUAUUAAAGACGUGUCGAUUGGUGUUUCCGUUUUUACACUUACAGCACUCUCUGGUGAUCGGUAUUUUGCUAUAGUGGAUCCAUUAAGGAAAUUUCAUGCGCACGGCGGAGGAAAACGUGCCACACGCAUGACCAUCGCCAUUGCCAUCUCUAUUUGGUUAUUGGCCAUAAUCUGUGCACUACCAGCGCUCAUUGGCUCCAAUGUGAAGAAACUGGAAAUCAAUAGCAACAAAUCAUUCGACGUCUGUUACCCUUAUCCCGACGAAUGGGGCGUAGAAUAUGCCAAGUCAAUGGUGCUAAUGCGUUUUCUCGUCUACUAUGCCAUUCCGCUGUGUAUAAUUGGCGCUUUCUAUGUGUUAAUUGCGCGCCACUUGAUGUACGCCGCCAGUGUGCCGGGCGAGAUGCAAGGAGCUAUGCGACAGGUUCACGCACGCAGAAAGGUUGCAGUAACGGUGUUAGCAUUCGUGGUUAUAUUUGGCAUCUGCUUUUUGCCCUAUCACGUCUUCAUGCUUUGGUUCUAUUACUGGCCCACCGCACAGGAUGACUACAACUCCUUCUGGCACGUUUUACGCAUCGUCGGUUUUUGCUUAUCCUUUGCCAACAGCUGCGCCAAUCCGGUGGCUUUGUAUUUUGUUAGUGGCGCCUUCCGCAAACAUUUCAAUAGAUACUUGUUUUGUCAAGGGUCCGGUGCGCGGCUCAAAAAACGACACCCACACAACGAUACGCUCUGCAUGCAUCGCGAUGCCUCGCUCACUAGCACCGCUUCGAAACGUUAUUACUCAUCAACGCGCCGUUCGACGUGCCAUCAUCACAACAGCACCAUACGAAGUCGCCUACAAGAGACCACCAUCACAAUGGUAGCGAAUGGCAGUCAAAAUGGCGGCCCACUCACCGAUGUCUCCGACAUUGCAUUAGCCAGUGAAUUGUGCGAUCACACGCAACACUACCACCAACAGCAGCAGCAGCCGGCAAACCCGCAUCAGCAACACUAUCUUCAGUUGUCACUUAUGUGAGGUAGUCGACGAUGG